UGACCACAUCUCAAAGACAUGUCCAACGCCUCACAAUCUGCACGUCUACAGUCUUCGAAUCUUUGAAUACACAGAUCCGCCAUUAUAACGUCCGUUAGUUAGCUAACGGACAGACGUUGUCUCUCCCUGACGGUCGACUCGGGCUCUUCUUAACGUUACGCCAGCUAACAGUAAGUAGCAGCCAACAGCUCCAGGGAUGGCGGAGGUUCCCGGGACAUCGAGUGAGACCAUAACGGAGACUGUCGAGACGAGCACCCCGCCGCCGCAGCAGGAGGGACGGAGCCUGACAAUCAAGCUGAGGAAGAGGAAGACCGAAAAGAAGGUGGAGUGGUCCAGUGACACGGUCGACAACGAGCACCUAGGGAGGAGGUCUUCAAAAUGCUGCUGUAUCUACGAGAAGCCGCGGCAGUUUGGAGAGUCGUCUUCUGAAAGCGAUGGAGACGACGACAUUGAUGAUGAUGAAGGCUGUGGCAGUGCUCACUGUAUCCUGGGCCACAGCAGGAGAGGCCAUGGACAGACGGGGGCUGGAGGGAGCACAGUGCCCCCCAGCUCUGGAGGGUCACACACCCACUAGUGAGCGAUGUGUGUCUGAGAGGCACCACACCAUGACAACGACUGCACCCUUUUUUUCUUUUGUUUUAAUCCCGUUCAUCACUGAAGUACAGCAGAGAGAGAAGCUGCAUCACUGCGUCUGUACCCCACAGAGCAGCUUGGAUUAUUGAAUAAGCCUAUAUGAAAAGCCUGCUCUUCUUUCGCCAGAUAAAAGCAUGCUCAGUAAUGGCAAACUGACAUGCGUUACGUGGAAUGAUGACAAAAAGUUUUAAAUUUCUUAAAGGAGACAUGCUGUUCGGAUCUUUGCAUGUUUUAGCCUGUUGACUACCGAUCGCACGUGGUGUGCGUCCCUCUUUUUCACUGCUGAGCAUUCUCCAAAGCAGCUAGAACAAUGGUAGCAUUAACACUGCGUUCCUAUUUCCUGGGCAGCCAUUGGUUUCCAUUUAAUUCACCCUGCUGACAAUAAACGAUUGAGUUUUGCGAUGCUUCGCAGUGAACUUCAGUGAGCUUUUAUUUUUGUCUGGGUAGUGCCGAUAUGCAUUACGUUUUCAACUGUUGAUUAUUUCUUAAUUAUGUAAUCUGCCUAAAUUAUGAAGUUCAACAUGUGAUGUCACCAUGCAUCAUUGAUUGUUGUGUUCUCAUCUGUACACAUGAACACGAUGCUGUUAAACCCUUCAACAUCCAGGGCGAUCAAAGCACCAUGUUCUAGUCUGUUUAACUACAAAGCCCUUUGCACAUCUAAGCAUGGCUGCACCGAUGGGACAGCUGCAGCUCUCUGCCGUACGGGAAUGAGUGCGCUUCAGUGGCUUUGAGAGGCCGGAGCAGUACUGGAAAGGGUUUGAACCUGUUCUGAGAUUCUAUAAUGCAGCAUGUGGAGGGUGGGGUCCAUAAAGCUGAGCUUAUUGUUACCACGUUGCUUAUUAUUGCUUCAUUGCUGGACUUCUUUGUAACUUACCCAUAUGCAGUAUGUGAGAGGAUUGCUUCCCAUAAACAGUGGUUAUAUUCUCUAUUCUGUUUAGCUGAGUGAGCUUUUUCUGUUUCUGGUUUGGUGACACGUUUAAGGGUUAGUGAAUGUAAUUCGUGAUGGAGAAGCCCGCCCUGAAUCAUUAACUUGAUCUGUCACUGAUUCAAAUCUGUUUCAUUGCAUUCUUCAAACUUGUUUCUUCGACUUCUAUAAUUGUAGAGAUCAUCUGAUUUGAAAAGCUCCCUUCUCUUACAUUGGAAGGACUGAAUGAUCCAGCUGAGGCUGUGUGAGUGAAGUACAUAUGGAGAAAGUGGAUGAGAGUAGUUGUGACUCCAGACACGCCCACCUCCUCAGAUUACAGACUGAGGAGGAGGAGGAGGAGUUCUCCUCUGACCGAGGAUUGUUGGUGGCAUGGCAGUCCUAAAUCAAGGACAGGAUGUUAAUGUGUGAAGUCACACCAGUGUGGACAAAUAAGCAAAGCUCUUUUCUGUUAAGGCUCCGUUAGGAUUCAGUAACGGUACACUUGGGGCACCCUUUGACUGAGCUCUGUGUACUUAAAGACUGAGGCUACGUGCAAGAUGUCAGACUGCUGCGUGAUGCUAUGAGGUAACUGGUGUACGACUAUUGUGUGUGUGACCAGAGGUUUCUCCUCCCAAGGCAGGACAGGAGAGAGGGAAAGGACAGGAGGGACAGACUCGAUGGACAGGACAGAGGGGAUGGGACAGGUGGGGCUGCAUAACUGCUGACACAGGCUUUGGACACAUGUCUUAGUUAAGACCAACACCUCAUCAUCAUCAUCCUCCUCUGCAGUUUCAGACCAACUACAGGUGUACAUUGUUCUUGUACUGGUAAUGCACCUUUCUGUAUAUACUAUUAAGCUUAAUGAGAGCGGGUUUAACAUGAAUUAAAGUUUUAAACUGAUGAAAGUGGUCUUCAAAUGUGUGUUACACUGGCAAAUAUGUAAUCUAGAAUGGUUUCACAGUGCUUCACUUUAUCCACAUUUUGUUAUGAUACAACCUUACUCCAGAAUGGAUUAAAUUCAUUUCUUUACUCAAAAUGUGACGCACAACAUCCCAUAAUGACAAAGCUUGUUCAAAAUGUUUAAAUUUAUUAAAAAUAAAGGAUGAAAAUAUAA